GAUACACCACAGUCUACACCAGAUUGCUACGACAAUGGGACUUGAAAUCGGGCGUCAUGCUUUAGCUGUAUGGAUGCCAUGCAUGGACCACCGUUGCAGGAUCCCGCACCUCUCCAGAUGCUGAAACAAGGUUCAGCAGCCCGUUGACCCGACGCUUCGGCUGAUGCACAUGGAGUUCCAUGUCCUGCGUUUUAAAAGGGCCUCGCCCAUCCAUUGAUUUCCGUCCGCAGCGCCUCGGCCAGCCAUUCACGGCCCGUCAUUCGCCUGUCGCCUGCAGCUCUCGCAAAAAAGUUGGUCUGCAGCAUCCAGGCAGCAGAUCGCAGAUCCGCCCAGGGCUGAAUUUGGCCCUUUUGUUUUGGUUCUUUACAUCACACCUUCUUCCUUUGUAUAUCCUCUUCUGUGCGCCUGGUGCCUCUCACACUCUCCUCUCUUCCUCUCCUCUCCUCUCCUCUCUCCUCUCCUCCCCCUUGAAUCGCUCUCAUCUCCUGCCUACACCUCCCUUUUUCCUCUCCCUCGUUUUAGCCUCCAACAAGCUACUGUACGAGUAUAAGCCGUGUGGGUGCCAUCAGGUGUCACCAACACGCCGACCAGCCCCAGGCCCUCCAGAAACAUUAUCAUGCUCCCGAACACAGUCCGAGUCACUACUUCUCCGUGCUGGAGGUUCCUACUCUGGAUCCUGACCCCUUGACGCAUUUCGCCCUCUUCGCAUCGACAUCUACUGGCUAUUAUCUCUCUCGCUUUUUGCCUGUGUCUGUUUGUCGCCUCUCUCCACCAGAUCCCCCCUCACAAAUCGCCACGGGCCCCAGACUGCGCAAUUACAAGGACAAUCAAUCAACCUCUUGUUUUUUCCCUUUUUUUUUCUCAUUCCAAGCGAAAACACCCCACGCAAUUU